AUGAACCAGGCUCAACAGUGGGUUGCAUCAGGACAACAAAACAGCUUAUUAGAGAGCCAGCCUGGGCAUUCCACCGUCACAUUUUCUCGUAAAAUUCAAACUGAUUCUCACAUCGAAACGGUUACGGAAAAGCCUCAUGAAGACAAAAUAUCGGAAACGAAUGGUUCCAUCAAGUUGACGAAUUGGAUUACCAAGGAGUUCAUCUUAAAGGAGUUAAGGGAGUAUACGCCGCCGAAAAUUAAUGCAACGGCCGACCUUAAGAAGCAAUUGGAUAAAUACAAACCGGUUGAUUUUGGACACAAUUUGAACGUCAAGCCUCCAGCUCAGAGCGAUUUUAUCAAGAGUCUAAAGAACCCGUGUUGGAAAGUUGAUGCGACGCUUCACUGCCUGCCCUAUUUCUACUUGCUGGGUUUCCCCAAGAGCGGCACCACCGACCUCUGGACCCGCAUCAGCAGGCACCCUCAGCAGGCGUGGAAGGCUGAUAAUUGGCAGUCAGGGGAUGCGUGGCAUAAUAAGGAGGUGCAAUGGUGGACAUGGUUCAGGUUCAGUGGGAGUACGCAACUAGAUGCACGGCAUACAGAGGGACGCUUAUUGAAUACUUACACACGCAGAUUCAAGGAACAACUUUUUAAGAAGAACAGCAGUAUGAGCAGUAAUAUCAUAACAGGUGAUGGGAGUGUCUCUUUGAUCUAUGACGUCAGUUUCCAUUCAAGGUCAGUGGUGCCGGCCAAGGUCAGCACGAACAAGCCAAUUACGGCGCCUGACCUUACCAUCGCCAGCCUCAUCAGGCUUUAUACACCACAAAGCAAGUUUAUUAUCAUCAUGCGAGACCCCGUCGACGCAAUGUAUUCUCACUACCAGUACUGGCCAAGGGGAAGAGCGCGUUCGCCUGCAAACUUUCACCACAGAGUCGUGCAGGUAUUGUCCAUGUAUACUGACUGCUUCAAACGGUAUUCGAUACGGGCUUGCGCGUACGAUCCGAACCUUUUGGAGGAAAGUGACAGACAAGGGGUGCGAUUAUACCACGUCCUCUAUGUCGUCUACCUUUCCGACUGGUUUAAGGUAUUCCCGCGGGAGCAAUUCCUUAUAGCAAGGACUGAGGAUUAUGAUAAGGAUGUAAACGGCCACAUGGAGAAAAUAUUCAAAUUUCUUGAUAUUUCCGUCCUUAAAAAUGAUACGAUGAGCAAGAUAUCGGGACCAGCGCACAUGAACGUUCGUAACAACACACCGUAUUUGAAAGAGACCCUGGAACUGUUCCAGAAUUUCAUCAAGCCUUUUAACGAUGCCUUGGCAGACUUACUCGGAGAUCAGCGAUUUGCAUGGAACAGAUCGUAAUGCGGCUCCCUAGAACGCUAACACAAUAUCUGGACGGACUUGUUUGUACUUGCGAGGAUAGGCCCUAUAUUAUUGGACUUCAUCAACGGCACGAAGCACGUUACUUGUACAUGCACUCAGUUGCCCGAAUCGGGUGACCAUUUUAUUCUUCGUCUGAAUACUACAGGCGACACAAAAAUAUUACCUUUGUUUUUAAA